CCCUGAAUUCAGUCCGCCUCUGGGGACUGGCCAUGAAUCCACGCUGCUUCUCUUCCAAAAGAGGCAAAGAUCGAUGCCGACAUUUUGUCAUCAGCAGCCAAAAGAACGGACGUUAUGUCAUUUCGGGAGACUCCCAUAGCCACGAAAGCCUCGCCGAAUUGAUCAACUACUAUCAGAUUUCUGAAAUUGUGCCAUUUGGAGAAAAUCUUACAGCACCCUGUUCGAAGCUGGAAGAAAAAAACGUAUACGAUGAAAUCUCUCCAGAGCAGCGGGCACCAGCUAAGCCAAGUUCAGAACUGCCUAGUACUCACCUAGCCAGGCAAGAAUCCAGAAGCUCGUCUGCCGCCAGUCCUAUAGUGAAGGACAUUCCCAGCCAACCAUCUUCAAAUUCGAGGAGAAAGCUUAAAGAACAACACAAGUCCUUAUCGAAGGAGAAGCGAGCGUGGAGCCUGGAGGCUGACCUUGAAGACGAUCUGGACGAAGCUCCGCCCAUCCCAGACAGGAGCAUUUUGCUGAUGGCAGAGGUCUUUGAGGGGGCCUCAAGCAAUGAAGCCGCUGUUUAUGCAGCACUGAAGCACCCGAAGGACAAGACCUCGGAAGUACUGCCAGAUGUGGAUCAAGUCGUCACAGAUCACUCGCAAAAUCUAGAAGACCCUGGCCGAGGGAACCCCUAUCGCAAAAAUAUGAGUACUAAGCUACCUGAUAAAGUGUAUGGCAAAAGAACGGAUCUUAUUGAAAGUUGCUCUCCAGCCACUGUCUAUUCUGAAAUUAGCAUAGACCAAUCCAAGAACACUUUGCCCCAGAGCAACCCGUCUUUCUCUCUUAUGGCACCAAAAAAGACCACCCUGAACUCUCCAACAUCAACUCCUCCAAAAUUAUCUCCCAAGUUACCUAAUAAACCAAAGACCCCCACAGAGUCUCUAGGACUGCAGCAGACACCAUCAGCAUUAUAUUCAACCUCUCCAAAGACUGGUGAAGGGCAUAGAAUGCCAGCCCCUUCUGAGACUUUAUCUGAUUCACCAAGGGAGAACUUGUAUGGUCAGAUCCACAAACUGAAAUCACAGGAACUCACCACGUCUGUCAGUGAUGACCCUUACGAACAGAUUCCUUUCGAGUGGGCUAAGCGCAGGGCCCAAGAACGAGCUUUUGAAAACCUUCCUCGAUCUUCACCGCUAAGGCCCAAAGAGGCUUACGAGCAAGCCUGCAUGAAAGCGGGCCGAUCUUCCAGGACACAGAGCUAUACGGAGAAUACGUAUGAAAAGAUCCCAGCACCUUUGUCCAAAAGCUCAUCAUCAAGGCAAGUUGCCACUGCAGACAACAUCUACGAGAAAAUUUCCUUUGUCCCUGGGAAGGGAACAGGUGCAAAGCCAAGUCAAAAGAGUGAAAAACCCAGAAGAUUCCUCUUUGCUGAUAAGAAGAAUAAAUUCUGAGUGUGGGACUUCAUUUUGAAACAACGUGUGGACUGAAAAUCAUUGAAUGAGAUCCGGCUUUGUGCCAUAGGAAUUUCUUCUUCUGCGGCUUUAACAUGGAUUGCUACAGAUUUCAUAAUUUUCUUUUGGGGGCUGAAAAUGGUACAUUUCUAAACAAGUCCUAACACAGAGGGAACCCCUUAGCAGUGAAAUUCUCAUAUUUUAAGGUCUGUUUCUUUGAAAAUGUUGCUUUAUAAAUAUACAUAACAUCCACUGGAACAGAAGUCCACGUGUGAAGGGCCUGACACUUUCCCCAGAUUUUAUUUUAAUCCACAUUACUUUGACUAUGGCCAUUUCCACACACGUUGAAUAAUACACUUUCAAUGCACUUUGACUAUCUCUAACACUACGAUUCUAAACAGUUACAACUUCCUCAAUCUAUUGAACUCAGUGGGCUUAGAAUGAUUUAAGUCUUCUUUGGAUUACCAUACAAAUUCAACAACAAAUCUAUAUAGCAUUGUCUUUAUGGUGGCAAAGCCCUUAACACGGUUGAGCUGCGAUGGAAUGCUCAUAAACAUUCCAGCUGCUCAGGGAACAAAACAACUCAAAUACAGGUAGGGAAAACUGUCACUUUAGAUGGGACUCUAAUUCGCUUCAGGCCCUUUAAAUGAUUGAAUGAGGCUUAUUCCUCCACCUGAGCUGCGAUUUGAACCCACGUCCUAGUCCAACAAUUGAACCAUGACACCACACUGGCUUUCAGUACAGUACUGUCAGUGACUUUGCAACCCUAUGGGGGCAAAGAGUAAAACUAAAGGGUAGGACUGAGCUUCAUGUGUAGAUUACAACUAUCCAGCUGAUUCCUUAGCUGGAAUCAUUUCCUAGUCUCAGCCAAUUCCUUUCCUAGUCUCAGUUUCAACUAUAGAAAUCAUGCCCACAAAUGCUUUUCCUUGAAUUAUCUGCUGAAUGGUCUUUGCUCAUAGAUCUACUGUGUCGGAUGAUCAUGUUUGUU